AUGUUGUUUCUUCUCGUGGUAGACGUCCUGUGCAGGAUGCUUCACAACAGUUGUGACCACGGGGAUCUUGCUGAGCUCCAUUUGAAAGGCUCCCUCAAUGACAUAAAGUCGUUACAAUUUACAGGCGACACAAUUGUCUUCUGCAAGGCUGACCCCUCAGACAUUUCCAAUCUCAAAUCUAUUCUAUAUCUCUUUGAAUGUACCUCUGGCCUAUCCAUUAACUUCUCCAAAUCUAAUUUAUUCUACAGUGGUAAAUCAUCUACCAAGGGGCCCUACCUAGCCAAUAUUCUCAACUGCUCCUUUGCAUCCCCUCCCUUUAAAUACCUAGGCCUUCCCCUGAAAAGAGGAUCCCUUUCCAAGGCAGACUGGCAGCCUCUGAUUGAUUCUCUCCACCGCAAGCUCUCCAUAUGGAGAAGUAAGCAGCUUUCCAUAGGUGGAAGGCUAGUUCUCCUCAAAUCAGUCCUCUCAUCCAUUCCCCUCUAUUACAUGUCCUUCUUCAACGAUUCCAAAGCAAAAGCAGUUAGCGAGUUAGGACCAAACAUCCUCUCGGUCCCCUGGGAACAAAAUCUUCAAAUCCCCAAAAACCAGAAACCAGAACAGAGCAAUGCCCCUACCCCUGCGGGUCUAGUAGACCAUUGUUGCCUGAGCUUGACUCAGCAAUAUCCGGAAGGCCCGAGGUGUGAAUGA